AUGUCUUCGUCUCGGACGUUAGAGAGGGUUUUCUCGCGAAGCCGAGCGGAUCUUUUGCAGCAGAUGGAUAGCGGGGACGGCGAGGAGCUUUUGUACGAAGCUUCCUCUGUCCAGCCUUCGGAGCGCGAGGUGUAUCUUUCCUAUUCAUCUUGGUCCAAGCCGUCGUAUUUCCAGACGUUUUCGCCUCCCUUGGAUCCCUCCUCUCAUCCCUCCGCGUCCGUUUCUUCUGCGGCGUCGCCUCUGCCUGAGACUCUGAUCGCGCCUGCGUCGUCGCCCAGCUCUCUAUCGCGUCCUCCCCUCGAGAGUCCCCGCGCCUUCGGCCCGUUCUCUCCUCCCUUUUCGUUUGCCGCCUCGUCCGCGUCCUCGUCUUCUCCGUAUAUUAGCCGAUUGGGCGUCCCCCCCGCGGAGGUUUCGGCGUUCCGGCUCGAAAGUCGCGCGGCGCCGGCGCGUCUGCCGUCGCAGCCCUUUCUGGGGACUCUGCGCAGCAUCAGCCCUGCGCCGAAGGAGGAGCGACGAGGCGCUCGCGAAGGCGGGCACCAGUCGAAGGAGACGCUGAGGGGCGGGAGAGUCCCGCCUCCAGGGAAGAGGCCGCCUCAAGGCGGAGCGAAGCCGCGCAGGUCUUCCUCGGCCGACGACCUCCACAAGGAUCGUUCCUACGCGCGUUUCGCAGUCUCACCUCGUGAGGCGAGGUGCGCUCGGUCCCUGACUGCUGCGUCUCUCGAGAGGGUCGCAGAGAAAGACGGCGAAGGAAAGCGCGGCAGGGAGGGAGAAGGCCUCGCGGUGGAGACCGUCGACCGGCGAGACAGGAGAAAGUCGGCCGCUGAGCUUGAGAGCGACGCGUCCUCGCGCGGAAGCGAGAACUCACCGCCGCUCAAAGCGUCCGCAACGCUGGCAGAGCGCUUCUUCCUCAUCUCUCCGCGCACAGCGGCCCAAAAGAAGAGGGCUGCGGAAGAGGCGAAGGUGAGUCGCGGAGCGGCGGAACAAGGCGAAGCGAGGCAGAGCGACCAGAGAGCGCGGCAGACGAGCGCCGCGCCACCUCGGGCCGCAGACGCGCGAGCCGAGAUGGCUGUGCCUCGGGAGCCGGCGUGGGAGAGAGAGGAGAGGGAGGAGACGCGCCCAGGCAGCGCGUGGGCGCGUGCUGCUCCGCCCCUCGAGGAGACGCGCGACGAGGGCGCGCCGUCGUUGGCUGAAGCGCGGCAAGUAGAGGCGCAGGAGCUGUCGUGGGAAAAAGGCGAAGGCGGCGCCGAAGCGCAGAAUGGGUCUGGCGAGCGCGGUAGGAGUCCCGAACGAAAGAAGAAAAAGCGACACUGGUGGGCAGGGUUGGCCUCGAGUCUCAGCCGCCGGAGCAGCUCUGCGGAGCCUUCAAAGAGCGGCGCGUCCGCGCCUUGGUAUGGAGCGGGUGAAGAGGCGGAAGCCCAGCAGGAGCCGCCGAGAGAAGACGCGAAAAGCGAAAGGCGUGGCGACAGGACUUCCAGUUUUCUCUCUGACGACGCCAGGCCUCGCCGCGACGAAGGAGGCCCGUCUGGCGGCGCGGGAGGAGGCUUCGGGACCCAUCCGCGAGGCAAAAGUGGCGGCAUCGGGGGAGAGGAGAGAGCGCACACGCAGCCGGGACAGGCGCGCGCCACAGAUCUCUUUCUGCGGCGACAGCAGGACAGCCACGAGGUGCAGGACAGGUCGCCGACGUCCACGGCGCUUGACCUCGGGACUGAAGGGAGCGAGGGCCCACAGAACGGAAGACGGCGGGCGGACUCCGUGGCCUCCUCACGGGCGAGCACGAAGCGGAGCUUGGGCAAGACGCUCGGAAAGGGUUUGUCGCGGCUGUUCAGAGGCAAAAAGAAACCGAACUGCGGCGAACUCGAAGGCGCAGCAGCGGAGGAGUUCAGCGACGGCGCCGAUCGGGGCGACGAUCUGAAAGAAGACCUCGCCUUCACUGCCAGCCAGGCCGCGGCCCCUGGGCGUGCGACUCGAGGGGCAGCCGGGCCUCUCGCUUCCCUGUACUCUAGAGACAGCUCUCCCUCCUCGCGGUCUUCCUCUUCCUCUUCGGCCUGCUUUUCGGCCUCUCAGUGGGAGGAGGCCUUCGCGUCGCUUCCCGCGAUCCCGCCGGGUGUCUCCUCGCUCUCGCUCACCUACCAGCGUCUGCUGCUGCGCCAGUUGACGCUGAUGGAGCGAACCGUUCAGAAGGUCUUGACUCUGAAGGGCGACAAGUCUCUCCUCCUUUCUUCGCUGCUCGAGGACGCGCAGAAGGAGGCGGCGCUGCAGGCCGGCGGCCUAGGCCAAGUCUCCGUGGAGCCCGAGAUGGGGGCGAAGGCGGGCGGAGAGAGACGAGGAGAAGACUCGAUUUUCUUCUCGCCUGCAAAGGCUGAGGAAAUCUGCGCAGACCAGCAAGUCCCGCGGGGCGUGGUCCGCCUGAGGGCGGAGCUCACAGAAGCGAACGCCAGGAGCUUUCAGCGGCUGAGCGAAGAGCGAAGUCGAGGCGUCCUCAGUCAACUUCUCCUGGGCAUAUCCCAAGUGCGAGGCCUCCUCACGACGCUCACAGACGUCACGCGGGAGGAAGAAUUUGAGAGAGAGGAACACCUGGCGGACGCCGCCCAGCUCCAGCAGUGGAGCGCGGCACACGGCGAGCUUGCCCAGGGGCGGGACCUUGUUGAGUACUACUACAGACAGAUCGCUGAGUCUGCAGACAGCGUGAUCCGGGAAUACCACCGGCGCUGCGUGUCGCUCAACUCCGACAUUCAACUCAUGCGUGACCAUAUCCGUCGCGUGAUCCACGUGGCGUUUUUGGCUGUCUCGCGGCCGCCUCCGCUUGAGGACUUGUAUUCGUCUGCGCCUUCUGCGCCGGCGUUCCUGUCGGCGCGUCGCCUCUCUGAGGCCUUCGCGACCUCCUUCUCCUACGCAGGCGACCCCCGAGUCUUCCUCGUCUCGCCGCCGUUCCUCGCGCAGCUGCAGCUCUACGCGGUUUCCCACGGCGUGGACGCUUCGCGUGAAGGACAGGAGGGAGGCGAGGCCGCUUUGCGAGAGUCGUCGAGCCGCACAGUCAUCGCGCCGGUGUCUAGCGCGGCGUUGCUGUCGCGGUCGCGCUGCGUCCGCAGCAUCCCCCCGGGGCUCUUGCUCCGCAGCUCGAAGGAGGACCUGCUGACCCUCGAGAAGAAGCUCGAGGGCAAAUGGGGCAGCUUGAACUUGUACGAAGCCUGGCAGAGUGACGCCAUGAAGUGGCAGUGGCGGGACGCGUUGAUGCAGCGCGAGUUUCUCCGGGGCGAGGAUCGGAUUGAGCAGUGGCGCCGCGACAGCGAGUCGCGGAUCCUCGCCGCCGUCGAUCUGCGCCUCCAGCAGCUCUGGUCUGGCCGCAUGCGGGAAAGCAAAGCUGCCGCGCAGCAGGCUCUCGAAGAGCACUUCAUCGAGACGCUGGUGCGCCGAGUGCCCUCCGCCGCGGAAGUUGUGCAGCGCCUGGUGAAGCAUCGGGAACAGGCGCAGGGGCCGCAGCGGCGCGCGUCCUUUCUCUCCGCGUCGCACGCGGCCUCCUCGCUCGCCUGUGAGGUGCGGAACGAGGAGGUCGAGGCGGCGUUCAUGGCUGCGGAAGACAUGCGCUCGCGGCUGGUCGCCGUCGGCGCGUCCGAGGUGUAUAACCAGCUGGUGCAAGCACAGGCGCUCUUUCAGCGCCACAAGAAGGAGAGGAACCGCGGGACGCUCCUGCGAGUUCUCGAAGAGCAAGUCGAGAGCCAAAUGCGAACUGUGAGGCAUCUCCGCGAGCGGUUCGAGGAGGAAGUCGACCUCGCAGCGCAGCCCGACGUCGUGCGAGACGAGUGCGGCAAGACGGAGGCGGCGAUCUCCAUGCUCGAGGAGGAGCUCAUCGCGCUGCAGGAGAAACGGACGCUGCGCCAGCAGAACCUGCUGGACCUCCGCGCGACUGCGCAGGCAAAGUUGAAGCGCAUCACCGACCUCUUUGACGCCGAGCAGACCCUCUGCCGCAGCCUGGCGGAGGAGCGCGACCAGGAGAUACGGCAUGUGGAAGCAGUCGAGAGGCUCUGGAGAGAAAUCGGCGUGGAGCGACUCGAGGAGAUGAAGGCGGAUCUGGCCAAGCUCCGCGAAGAAAAGAUCGCCGCGCGCGCGGAGCUCGAGGCUGCGCGCGACGAACUGGACGCGAAGAAGAAGAAGGAGGAGCUGAAGCGCGAAGAGGCGCGGAAGCGCCAGGAAGAAGCUGCGCGGAAGAAGGAAGAGGCGAGGAAGCAGCGAGAGAUAGACGAACAGCGAAGGCGGGAACUGAAGGAACAAGAAGCCGAGCGGAAACGCGAAGAGGCCGAGCGAAAGAAGGCGGAUGCCGAGCGAAAGAAGGCGGAUGCCGAGCGAAAGAAGGCGGAUGCCGAGCGAAAGAAGGCGGAAGCGCAGAGAGAAAAAGAGCUGAAACUGUCAAAGUCGUCUUCUCUGCUAGGACGCUGGCAGCACGCGUUGACUGCGCCAGUGCAUGCAGUCCCUGAGGCUGAGCCGCGCGGAGAAAACGACGAAGAGGCCGGCGAUCCCCGGACGGGGGCUGGGCACGCCCAAGAGAAGAAAACGAACGAAAAGUGCGAAACGCCUACAGGUUCGGAGCGGAAAGGGCCGCGCGCGUUCACGUCUCUGUUUAAGUGGCGCAGCGGCAAGCGAAGCAGCAGCACGCCCGCGGCGAUAAGGACUAGACUGAACGGGCGGAGUGACGGCAAUCGCGCAGAUCGCCGCACAAACGAAAAACGGGGCCAGAGGGAAGCGGACUCCGAUGCCGAGUCCAGUCCGGAUCAGCGGUCUUUUUUCCGUAUGGCGUCUGAAAGUAGAUCCGCGGCGACAGAAAUGCACCAGCGCCCAGCCAAGCUCGAUGUGACUUCGUCAUCUGAGCUGUCAAGAGAGCGCGACCAGAAAUGGGCGCCACGCGAUGAUACUGGCGGCCUGGACGGCCUUCGGUUGGACUCGCCCGCGAAUGCGCCCUCCUUCGUCCGGGCGUCUACGGCUCCAGAGUCCCCUCGCGACUCUGACGAGGCCGGGAGCGAGAGCGACGCCAGGCGCACAGGGGUUUCUCCUGAGGCGCCGCGGAAGUCCUCGAGCAAGCAGCCGAUUCGCCGCCUCUUCUCGGGAGCCCCUGGAUGGGCGACAGGGAUCCGCUCGCGGUCGUCGUCGAGGCGGCAGAAGGGCGAAGACGAAGCGACCUCGAAUGUCUCCUUCUUCAGCGAGGGUGGGCACGUCGUGGACGGAGGCGAGUCCCCGGAGCAGGUAAAUCGCGAGCAACGCGACGCGCGACGACGGGAAGAAGAGCGGGCGAGAGAACGACUAGGAAUAAAGAGCGCUGCCUCUCCUCCCCGGGGCGGUCUUCCAGAGGAGGAGCAGCCAGGGGACGACCCUUUUCGACAAGUCGAGACAGCGCAGUUCCCGCAGAAGGGAGGCGCGGCAGUCUUCCCAGAACAGGACGAAAGAGGAGACGAGCGCUCAGACAGCCAUAAAGAGGAGAAGAGAGACACGGACUGGCUGUAUCACUCAUCUUCGCUCUCGUGGCGGAACGCGGAGGUCCCCACUGUCUCGACGCGGAUGAUCUCGGCAGAAAUCGCGGGCUCCCUGGCGGACGCGUCGAGAGGGAAGUCGCCUAGAGAAGCGCUCCGAGGCCCAGAAGAGCUAGGCGGCGGCGAGCAAGGGCCGCAGAAAGGCCUCUUUGUCCUCUCGUCUUUCUUGUCGACGCCCGAGAUGCAUCGCAGGCACGGGCCUUCCCAAGAUUCCGGCGCGCCGAACCGCGUAGCGUCGCACAAUUCUCGGCGGAGGUCGUCGGGCGUCUCGUCGGUGUUUCAAUUCUCUCUCGCACAGCCGGAAGCGUCGGCUGAAGUCCAGGCCCGCGGUCACGAGAAGGAGGCGCGGCCAAAGGGCAGGCUGCUGGUCGCGUUCCCUUCAGCGUCUCGCAGGGACAAAGAGGAGGCCUCCAGCGCAGGCGCCGAGCCCGACGGCGACGGAGAGAAGCCGCGGCGGCGGACGGUGUAUUCCAAGCUGCUGGAGUCCUUCUCCAUCUCGCCACCGCUGCACCGCGAGCCUGAACGGAAGGUGGAAGAGAAGGACAGGCGCCCGGCGAGCAGUCGAGAUCACGCCCGCAGCGACGACGAAGAGGGCAAGCUCUCGUCUCGGGCGCGGUCGCGCUCAGCCUCGGCCUCCAUAGACAACCAGGCGCCGUCGGUCUCUGGCGAGGAGGGAACGAAGGUAAAGCACGACAAGUUGGCGUCUCCUCGCUCAAGACGCGAAGGGGCGAUCGACGUCUUUGCGCUGAAUUCCUGGUUCAGCGCGAAGCGUGCGUCGCUCAUGAUCCCAAAGUCCUCGCAAAAGCCGCAGACGAAUGCCCGCGAGGGCGAAGAAGCUGCGAGGGAGCGAGCGGGGCGGCAGGAAGCCGGGCAGAAGGGCGACGGCGAGGCGAGCGAGCGAGGUCUCUCGGGCGAGGAGAGAGGGCGGGAGACGCGGGGGAGAAGUGAGUCGUCCAGCGCGCCCUGCUCUGCGCUGCCCUGCUCUGCGCUGCCCAGCUCCCUUGGGCUUCUAGGCAACGUGUUUGAGGAGGUGGAUGCGCGACGUGAGGAGAGAAGCUGGAGCGACGUCUGUGUGGGAGGUGCGGCAGCCGCGCGCGAGGAGGGAGGCAUCCGAAACAAGAAAGCGGAAGCAGAGGCCAGCGCGUGCACGCGGCCCGCAGUCCCUGAUGGUGGCGCGCACGGCGGCAGCAGCAGCGAAGGGGAGCGUCUAGCGCCAGGGGGAUCGGCGGCGCUGCGUCCCCAGUCAACUCCUGGCCUCGACUCUUCCUCUGAAAAAGAGACAUCUCCAGAGCAAGAAAGUGAAGGUGGCUCCACGCCGGUGUACGCGGAGCCCCCCCCGAGCUCUGAGGGCGAAAUCACGCCUCGCGCGCUUCGUGAGGCGCGAAGCGGCAGUAGCGUGAGCGAGGGCUGCGAAGGCGACAAGGUUCACACUGCGAGCAGAGGAGAGAGGAGUGAUGGGGGAGAAGCCUUGGCGAGUCUGGGCGUGCGCGGAAGCGAGCAGCGUGGCGAACGAUCCGCGAGCGACGGCGGGGAGGGGCUGGCGGGGGUCGAGGGAUGGCGGAGAGAGGGCAGCGCAGGCGAGCUGGACGGCCGCCAGCGCCGCGGAGACACUCUCAUGGGCCUCCAGGCUCUGUGGAAUUCAGGCUCGCGUUUUUCAGGCAGUGAAGGGUUCCGCGCGAGCGGCAGCAAAAGCGACGAGGGGGCCGUUACCUUUGAGCGAGCACAGCGGGAAGACGCGUGGCUUUCGAAGCUUUUUAAAAGCACUGAAAGCAGCCGGGGGGGAGACGCGGCGGUCGCCCCAGCGGGCCGCGCCUCAACGCCGGAAGCCGACUUCAUUCCCCCUCGUGCUCCAGAGCCCAGACCGCAGCACGGCGUUCCCUCCCCCGCUGGGGAGACUGAGGGUCGAGCUCAAGACGAGCCGGGGUCGCCAGCCCUCUCUGGGGACCUCUCCGAUAUCUCGCUGCCUUCUUCUCCUCAGGAAUCCGCUUCUCCCUCUGUUUUUCCCGCUGCGGCCCACGCCGGAGGAGAUCAGGCAGUGCUGUUCUCGCCGGCUUCCUCGGCCUCGUCGUCCUCGCUGUUCCAGGCGCUGUCUCUGCUGGGUAUGAGUGACGAGAAAGACAGCCCGGCGAGGGAGAGCGAGAGGGAACCAGGCUCGGAGAGCGGGCGGCAGUCCGGCGUUCGUGCACGCGCGUCGGAGCAGCCGGUGAAACCCAGUUCUUCCGGCUCCGCGUUUUUCUCUCCUCGCUGCGGUUUUCGUCUACACUCUCCACAGACCUCGCCCCAAGGGGCUCGAGACGCGCGGUCGUCGCCGCUGCCGGAGGGGGGGGCGCGGACAUCGGGCUUUGCGCCGGCAGAGGAAGGCCCGCGGGGAGCAGGCAGCAGCGAGUCGAGCGUGCAUCCAGAUUUGCUGGGCUCCAGAGUGGGUGAGAAAGACCAGGGGCCCAGAGGAGACCUGAUGGCCGCAUGGCACGCGGGACCAGAGCCAGCAGGUGCGACGCGCCUGCCUACGGAGCGGGGGGCCGGGGGGAGAGGGGGAGACGACACAGACGGGGCAGGGAGCAGUUGGCAGCGGGCUGGAGUGGAGACCGCGAGCAGAGAAGGCGGCGCAGCCGACAGAGGGACACCUGUCGUCCCUCUUCCUGUCGCCAGUCACGCGUCACCCCUGGUCUCCGUCGCAGCGUCUUCCGCGGCCGCCCGGUCCUUUGAGAGGGGUGGCUCAGUCGAAGGGAGAUGGAGAAGAGACGACGGAGUCCUAAGGAGUCAGUCGUCCUUUGCGCCUUUCUCCUUCCCGUUUAUCCGAAGCGGCGACUCGAAGGAGGAGACCCAACUCGAAGCGGCGGUUGCGGAAACCCCGAGCGUCCUCUCUUUGCCCCCGCCGUCUCUUCAGACGUCUCCUUUCUCUCCCUCUACGCUGGGCUCGGGUCCUGCGUUGUCGCCCCUUCCUGAAGAAUCAGCGACAUGCGUACAAGAGCGCGGAGGCGGCGGCCGAGGCGGCGCGGUGCUUCACUCCGCAGCGUCCGACGCGGAAAACGCCCCACCCAGCCAGCGUCUGCAGUCGGCCUCUUCUUCGUCUCGGGGCGUUUCUCGAGACUCCUAUGCUGCGCCGCUUCUGCGUGCCUCGUCAGAGGAUCACGCGUCCUUUUCGUUGGCGUCUCUGUUUCCGCCGUCGUUCUCCUUCGGGGGCGAAGGAAGCGACCGAAGCGUGCCGACGCCGGAGGGAGCGGAGCAGCAGUCUCCGCCGUCCCCCGCGAUCGUUCUGGCGGAGGACCCCGUGGUGCAAGAGACGCUGGAGCAGGACGACGCCGCGCCUCUGCUGUCGGCGCCGAAGGCCCGCCAGAAGUUGGGCGACUACCGCGCGCUUUCGUCCGGAUCUGAGGACAGCGAUUCGCGGGAACCGCCAGCCGCCUCCGCGUGUCUGCGUGCACCUCCCGCCCGGGAGGUGCACGCAAGCCUGGACGACAGUGUAGAGACAGCCGUGAAGCGUCGGCGGCGAACGGCGGACUGUCCCUUCUCGGCGGCGUCCACUCUGAGGCGCAGCCUUCAAGAAGGCACUGCCUUUUUCCGGAGCUCCGCGCUCUUCUCCCGCAGAGGCGGCGAGGACAACGAGCGCGACGCAGCCCUCCAGCGGCGAGCGGGGAGCGUGGAUGCCUGCGCGCUUGCUCAACGCAGCGAGAAGCGGAAGCGGCCCUUCUGGGCUCCAGUGCAUCCAGUGCCGGCCACGGUCGACGCGUGGGACGGAGCAGAGGACGGAGACCUCAUCUGCGAGGAUGCGAAGGUCGAGACUUUCCAGGAUUUUGCGGCAGGUUCGUCGGGGCGAGAACGUGGAGACCUUCGGCGCGCGGUGAUGAACAGCCCUGUCUUUGCGUUGUUUGAAGCAGACGAGAAGCAACAGCUUUUCGAUUGCAUGUCCGUGAGCAUGAUUCACGUGCCGGGUGACUGCGUCCUCUUCCAUCGCGGAGAAAAAGUCGACGUCCUUUACUUCCUCGAGGCCGGCGAACUGGCGGUGACAGUGGAGGCAGGCGCAGACGGCGCCGAGAAAAGCGACGCAGAGCGUGAGGGAGCUCCGAGCUGGACCCGCGAAGACACGAAAGGUGACAGCAAAAACGGAGAGCGUCUCUCCACUUCAUCUGCCUCGAAAGCCCUCACAUAUCUGCCAGGUUCGUUUGUGCUUCCCCGCGCCUUCGUCAAGGGGGGCACACAGCCCACAGCGUCAGGGCUACCAAGCCCUCGGCUCUCUACAAACUCACUGUCCAGUCCUUCCACUCGACUGCAAACGGUAAGUCGCGGCGCGCAUCCAGAGUCGCUUCUACAGGAGAAGUUCCCGCAUGCGCACGUAUACUCGUACAUAGACAUACGCAGGCGUGUGUAG